AUGGUGAUGCUCUCAGAUACUCUUGUCAUGAGCGCCACACAAGCAACUAGAAAAGAUAUCCAAGAAAAAUGUGAUGAGCCACUGGUCUCAGCAUUAUCCCACUCCUCCUUCAGCAGUUCAUCAUCUAUGACUAGUAGCUAUUCACCAGGGUAUGCAAAGCUAAACAAAAGAGGAGGGGCUGGAGGCUGGUCUCCAUCAGAUAGUGACCAUUAUCAAUGGCUGCAGGUGGAUUUUGGGAGCAGGAAACAAAUCAGCGCUAUCGCAACGCAAGGCAGAUACAGCAGCUCUGAUUGGGUGACUCAAUACCGGAUGCUGUAUAGUGAUACAGGGAGAAACUGGAAGCCAUAUCACCAGGAUGGAAACAUUUGGGCAUUUCCUGGAAAUACAAAUUCUGAUAGCGUGAUCCGGCAUGAUUUACAGCAUCCAGUUAUAGCCCGCUAUAUACGCAUAGUUCCUCUCGACUGGAGUGGAGAGGGCCAAAUAGGGCUGAGAACUGAGGUCUACGGCUGCCCUUACUGGGCCGACGUUAUCAAUUUUGAUGGCCAUGCUGUGUUACCAUACAGAUUCAAGAACAAGAAAAUGAAAACAUUGAAAGAUGUCAUCACUCUGAAAUUUAAAACCUCUGAAAGUGAAGGUGUCAUCUUCCAUGGAGAAGGACAGCAAGGAGACUAUAUCACCCUGGAACUGAAAAAAGCCAAGCUGGUCCUUAAUUUAAAUCUAGGUAGCAACCAGUAUGGCUCAAUUUAUGGUCACACAUCUGUGAUGACAGGCAGCCUCUUGGAUGACCACCAUUGGCACUCCAUUGUCAUAGAACGUCAUGGGAGGAACAUCAAUCUAACACUGGAUAGGCACAUUCAACAUUUCAGAACCAAUGGGGAAUUUGAUUACCUGGACCUGGACUAUGAGAUAACCUUUGGUGGCAUGCCUUUUUCUGGGAAGCCAAGUUCAAAUAGCAGGAAAAACUUCAAAGGCUGUAUGGAAAGCAUCAAUUACAAUGGUAAUAAUAUCACAGACCUUGCCAAGAGGAAGAAAUUGGAACCUUCUAAUGGGGGAAACUUAAGUUUUUCGUGUGUGGAACCACAUACAGUGCCUGUCUUUUUCAAUGCUACCAGUUACCUGGAAGUGCUUGGUCGCCUGAAUCAGGACCUGCUUUCAGUCAAUUUCCAGUUUCGGACCUGGAACCCCAAUGGACUUCUCCUCUUCAGCAACUUUGCCGAUGGACUGGGUAAUGUCGAGAUUGACCUGACUGAAGGCAAAGUCAGUGUCCACAUCAAUGUCACCCAGGUGAAGAAAAACCGAAUAGACAUCUCAUCAGGCUCGGGACUCAACGAUGGGCAAUGGCAUGAAAUCCGGUUUCUAGCUAAGGAAAACUUUGCUGUCCUCACCAUUGAUGGAGAUGAAGCCUCAGCAGUUCGAACAAACAGUCCUCUGCAAGUUAAAACUGGAGAGAAAUAUUUCUUUGGAGGGUUCCUUACACAAACAAAUGACUCGGAUCGUUCCCUGCUCCAGCUCUCAUUCCAAGGAUGCAUGCAGUUUAUUCACGUGGAUGAUCAACUGGUGGAUUUGCAUGCAGUGGAGCAAGGCAAACUGGGAAGCUUUGCCAAUGUCAGCAUUGAUAUGUGUGCCAUUAUUGACAGGUGCGUGCCCAAUCACUGUGAACAUGGUGGCAAAUGCUCCCAAACGUGGGACAGCUUCAAAUGUACUUGUGAUGGAACUGGAUACAGUGGCGCCACCUGUCACAACUCUAUUUAUGACCUCUCCUGUGAAGCAUACAAACACUUGGGCAAAACCUCAAAUUAUUACUGGAUAGAUCCAGAUGGCAGUGGGGCACUGGGACCUUUGAAAGUUUACUGCAACAUAACAGAGGAUAAAGUGUGGUCAACUGUGUAUCAUGAUCUGCAGAUGCAGACUUCAGUGGUAGGCAACGGCCUGGAAAAAUACUCUGUAUUACAGCUCAAUUACAGUGCCACCAUGGACCAGAUCUCUGCCAUCACCAGUAGUGCUGAAUAUUGUGAGCAGUACAUCUCCUACUCCUGCAAGAUGUCAAGGCUGCUGAACACCCCAGAUGGGAAUCCAUACACCUGGUGGGUUGGAAAAGCCAAUGAGAAGCACUACUAUUGGGGUGGCUCUGGACCUGGCAUUCAGAAAUGUGCCUGUGGCAUUGAACGCAAUUGUACUGAUCCCAAAUACUACUGCAACUGUGAUGCUGAUGCUAAACAAUGGAGAAAAGACGCUGGGCUCUUGUCUUAUAAAGAACAUCUACCAGUGAGUCAAGUGGUGGUUGGAGAUAUUGACCGAUCUGGAUCAGAAUCCAAGUUAACUGUGGGUCCUGUGCGCUGUCAAGGAGACCGGAAUUACUGGAACGCUGCGUCUUUCAUUACUCCAUCGUCCUACCUUCACUUCUCCACGUUCCAAGGGGAAACCAGCGCAGACAUCUCUUUCUACUUCAAAACAUCAGCCCCUGAUGGAGUGUUUCUCGAGAAUUUGGGGAAUACAGACUUCAUCAAACUUGAGCUGAAAUCUGCUAUUGAAGUGUCCUUUUCAUUUGAUGUUGGAAACGGCCCAGUGGAGAUCAUUGUCAGAUCCCCCAACCCACUCAAUGAUGACCAAUGGCAUCGAGUCAUCGCUGAGAGGAAUGUCAAGCAGGCCAGUCUGCGGGUGGACCAGCUGCCACAGGAGAUCCGGAAAGCACCAACGGAAGGCCACACACGAUUGGAACUGUAUAGCCAGUUAUAUGUUGGUGCCGCAGGAGGCCAGAGAGGAUUUCUGGGUUGCAUUCGCUCUUUAAGAAUGAAUGGGGUGACUCUGGACUUGGAAGAGAGAGCAAAGGUCACACUGGGGGUGAAACCUGGCUGCUCUGGCCACUGCACCAGCUAUGGAAUGUACUGUGAGAACGGAGGUAAAUGUGUCGAGAAAUACAAUGGCUACUCCUGUGACUGUUCCAAAACUGCAUAUGAUGGACCAUUUUGCAUAAAAGAUGUUGGAGCAUUUUUUGAAGAGGGGAUGUGGCUCCGAUAUAAUUUCCAGUCCCCAGGGAUCAGUGCGAAAGACUUAGUCAGCCGAACUAUGUUGAGCUCUACAGACCAUGAUAACACUGUGCCAGACCUCAGCUUGAAUAAGGAGGUGCUCCGUUUCAGCUUCAGUACCACCAAGUCCCCUUGUGUCCUCCUGUACAUCAGCUCUUACACCCAGGACUACAUGGCGGUGCUUGUCAAGCCAUCUGGAAACUUACAGAUUCGAUACAACCUUGGAGGCACUGGAGAGCCAUAUAACAUUGAUGUAGACCACAGGAACAUGGCAAAUGGACAGCCACACAGUGUUAAUGUCACACGGAAUGAAAGGGACAUAGUUCUCCAGCUUGAUCAUUAUCCUCCAGCAAGUUACAGCCUGCCAACAGCUUCUGACACUCAGUUCAACUCCCCAAAGGCGCUCUUCCUGGGAAAAGUUAUAGAAACUGGGAAGAUCGACCAAGACAUCUAUCAAUACAAUACGCCAGGAUUCACUGGCUGCCUGUCUAGAGUGCAGUUCAACCAGAUUGCCCCACUCAAGGCAGCCCUGAGACCUACCAACACCUCCUCUCACGUCCACGUUCAAGGGGAGUUAGUGGAAUCCAACUGCGGAGCAUCUCCACUGACCAUCCCACCAAUGUCUGCGGCCACUGACCCCUGGCAUUUAGAUUCAGCCAGUGCUGAUUUCCCAUACAAUGGUCAAGCUUUAGGAGAUGGAGUUAACAGGAACUCUGCCAUUAUUGGAGGUGUCAUCGCUGUUGUGAUCUUCACCAUCCUUUGCACGCUGGUGUUCCUGAUACGCUACAUGUUCCGUCACAAGGGAACCUACCACACCAAUGAAGCCAAGGGGGCGGAGUCUGCUGAGAGCGCUGAUGCAGCCAUCAUGAACAAUGACCCCAACUUUACGGAGACCAUCGAUGAGAGCAAAAAAGAGUGGCUUAUCUGA